CUAAGUAUACGACAUCAACCCCUACUCCUGCGUCCAGGCGUUUUGUAACCUGGUCAUAAAAAGAGACUAGAUUAGUCGGGCAUGAUCUACCUGCUACGAACCUGUGCUGGUUUCCCCUCAGCAUAAUUUGUCCUGCUGGGCUCUCGCAAAUGUGAGCCUUGAUAAUUUUUUCAAAGACUUUGCCAAGGAUGGAGAUGAGACUGACUGGCCUAUAGUUGCCUGGAUCCUCCUUUCUCCCCUUUUUAAAAAUAGGAACCACAUUGCCCCUUUUCCAGUCCUCUGGGACCUGGCCCGUGCGCCACAAGUGUUCAAAUAUUACCGCCAGUGGCUCUGCAAUGACGUCAGCCAGUGCCUUCAGUACCUACUUUACAAGUAGGGUUUCUCAGGCAGCGUCAGUUCUUGUGGUAGGGUACCAUUUGAUCUGCGUUCUGAGACCACUUACUGUAGGAUAGUGAUUAUCAUCCACUUGCAUCCUCAAAUGGUGCUUCUGUUUUGAUUGUUACUUCAGAUUUCCCCUCCUACUUUUGAAUAACUAGCCUGUAUGGACUAUUUCUCCACCCCCAGGCCCCUCUUCUCCCAGUUCUGUUGUUUGUUCUGAUUGAAUAUGGACUGUUCUAAGUCAUGCUUUUACAAAAAGCAUACUGAAAUUCAGUUGCUAUACAGGAAAUGGCAGAUGCUGACACAGCAGUGAGAUUAAUGUACAAAACAGUUUAAGAUGACUGGGUUCACUGGUUUGGAGUUACUGAGACAGCUGUUUGGAGAACCCUCCAGAGACUGCUGUAUAGUGGCUGUUGCCAGUUGGUAGGUGCUACAUUAUUGGUACCAUCAAAAGGUCCAUUCUCCAUUGCCAGCAUGCCAAGGAAGUUGCUGGCUCUGGCUGAAGAUUCAGAAUGGGAGACAAGCCUAUUUGGGAGCAGAUUGGAUCCAGCUUUGUACAACAUUACUAUCAGCUCUUCGAUACUGACAGGACUCAUUUAGGAGCAAUAUAUAUUGAUGCAUCAUGCCUUACAUGGGAAGGGCAGCAAUUCCAGGGCAAAGCAGCUAUUGUUGAAAAACUCUCCAGCCUCCCCUUUCAGAAAAUACAGCACAGCAUCACAGCACAAGACCACCAGCCUACUCCUGACAGCUGCAUACUCAGUAUGGUAGUGGGACAACUUAAGGCUGAUGAAGAUCCAAUCAUGGGAUUCCACCAGAUGUUUCUAUUAAAGAACAUCAACGAUGCCUGGGUUUGCACCAAUGACAUGUUCAGGCUAGCGUUGCACAACUUUGGCUGAGCUGGCAUCCCCCAGGCACCAGUGCUUUCUUUCUCUUCUCCUCUUCCUGAUAUUAUUCACACUCACGGAACAUUCCAAAUAUCAUACACAAACCUGCAACACCGCAGCGAGUGAGUGAGCAAGACCUGUGAUCUGCCCUUCUGCUGAGUUUACAUUGUCACUAGAUGAGUUCCUUGUGCAUGAUGUUUGGAAGUUAGACUUAGCUGCAUUUGACAAGAGAAAUUUGUGUUGUACCAGCAUGCCUCGGAAAGAAUCCAUAAUGCAAAAGGUUGCUUGUUUAUGUACUGACAAGUUGCUUUAGUAACCCAAAGAAAUGAAAGGAAAGAACAGCAGCCUAUACAGCCCAGAUAUUCAUUUGUUCAGAUGUUUCAAUGCUACAUUACACAAUAAAACCAUGAGAUUUUCUUAACAGUUUAAA